GACACUUCACCUUUACUCAAUCCAAUUUCAAUUCUCUCUGUGACAGUGACAUUAAAAACACAAACCUUUUACAACAAAAAACUCAAACUGUUACAAAAUCUCUGUUCUUAAUUCUCACUACAACCAUUUUCCAUGUUACAACCCAGAUUCAUUCCACUCAUUUUCCUGUUCUUUCUAUGUUGGGUUUUUGUUCCUAUGGCUGAAUCAGCCAUAGGUGUAAACUGGGGUACAAUUUCUUCACACAGAUUGAAACCCUCUACAGUUGUUAAUCUUUUGAGAGAUAAUAAGAUCUCAAAAGUUAAGCUUUUUGAAGCUGAACCUGAUGUGCUUAAAGCACUUAUGGGUAGUGGCAUUCAAGUUAUGGUUGGUAUUCCUAAUGAAAUGUUGUCCCUUUUGGGUUCUUCUUCUGUUGCUGCUGAUUAUUGGGUGAGGCAGAAUGUUUCUGCUUAUAUGAUUAAAGGGGGUGCUGAUAUCAGGUAUGUUGCUAUAGGAAAUGAACCAUUCCUUUCGAGUUAUAAUGGUCAAUAUUUGAACCUUGUCAUACCUGCAAUAACCAAUAUACAACAGUCUUUAGUCAAAGCAAAUCUUGCUGGUUACGUAAAGAUAGUUGUCCCUUGCAAUGCAGAUGCCUAUGAGUCGUCGGGAGGACUUCCUUCCCAAGGGGUGUUCCGAUCUGAACUGACGCAAAUCAUAACUCAACUUGUUCAGUUCCUCAACUCAAACGGUUCCCCAUUUGUUGUUAAUAUCUACCCGUUUCUUAGCCUUUACGACAAUGGCGAUUUCCCUGGAGACUACGCAUUCUUUCAGGGAACUACUCAUGCUGUAACAGAUGGUUCAAAUGUUUACACCAAUGCAUUUGAUGGAAACUACGACACUUUAGUUUCAGCCCUCGGUAAACUCGGAUACGGUCAGAUGCCAAUAGUAAUCGGAGAGAUUGGUUGGCCCUCAGAUGGAGCCGUUGGUGCAAAUCUAACUGCUGCUAGGGUUUUCAAUCAAGGCCUUGUCUAUCAUAUUGCAAGUAACAAAGGGACACCCUUGAGGCCAAACGUUCCUCCCAUGGACGUUUAUCUUUUCGGUCUGCUUGAUGAAGGAGCGAAAAGCACACUUCCAGGAAACUUCGAAAGACACUGGGGGAUAUUCUCGUUUGACGGGCAAGCUAAGUAUUCAUUAAACCUUGGACUUGGAAACAAGGAAUUGAGAAAUGCGAGAAAUGUUGAGUAUCUUCCAUCAAGAUGGUGUGUGGCAAACCCCUUGCGUGAUCUGACUAAUGUAGUAAACCAUAUGAAAAUUGCUUGUAGUGUUGCAGAUUGCACGACGCUUAACUAUGGGGGUUCGUGUAAUGAAAUCGGCGAGAAGGGUAAUAUAUCAUAUGCUUUUAACAGUUACUAUCAGCUAAGAAUGCAAGAUUCGCAGAGCUGCGAAUUUGACGGACUUGGUAUGGUUACUUUCCUAGAUCCUUCAGUUGGUGAUUGUCAUUUUCUCGUCGGCGUUAUAGAUACAGGUUUGAAUUCAUCAGCAUCUCAAACAACCUGUCAGUCGUGGUUUCUAGUAUUAUUUCUAAUUUUACAUUGGACUUUUUUACUUUCGAUGUGAUCAAGAGGUUUCAUUGGUGGGUUUUUCAUGGUUCCUUCUUCUGAGACUGCUAGAACUAGAUUAGCUGCUAUACUAAAGCUUAGAUUUAUUCAAAAGAUUCAUGGUUUGUAGCCCAGAAUAUGAUCAUUAAGUCAUUGUAUCAUAUAUGAGAAUGUAUAAACACUAUCUUGAUGCAUUGAAUAUUGCACAUAUAUAUUAAAUUGAUUAUAUGAAUCAGCAUCUAUUUAUUUCAUA